CCAACAUGGCGCUUCCCAUGCAGAAUAAGUCGAAGCAUCUUUUCAGAUUCAUUCACAAGUUUAGCUCGCCGAGAAGGUUUCUCUGCGCAAACGCCAGUCCGGAAAACAAGGAACCCCCUGGAGGUGGCCGUGUAUUCUCAGGCAUCCAGCCAACUGGGGUGCCUCACUUGGGAAACUACCUGGGCGCUCUGGAAAACUGGGUAGCCCUGCAGAACCAGUACCCCUCUGUGCUCUACAGCAUCGUAGACCUGCACUCUAUUACUCAGCCUCAGGAUCCGACCCAGCUCAGGAGCAACAUACUGGACAUGGCAGCAAGCUUGUUGGCCUGUGGUAUCAACCCAGAGAAGGCGAUCCUCUUUCAGCAGUCUCGGGUGUCCGAGCAUGCAGAGCUCUCCUGGAUCCUCGGUUGUUUGACCACCAUGCCACGACUACGACACCUGCCUCAGUGGAAGAUGAAAAGCAAACAGAAGAAUGAAGGCAGCGUUGGUCUCUACACGUAUCCCAUCCUGCAGGCCGCCGACAUUCUCCUCUACAAGUCCACUCACAUCCCCGUCGGAGAAGAUCAGGUCCAGCAUCUCGAGCUGGCUCAGGAUCUCGCUCGCAUCUUCAACCACCGCUUCGGGAAUUUGUUCCCUGAACCCCACGCACUUCUGAGCUCUACACGAAAGGUCAAAUCCCUCCGGGACCCAUCUGCCAAAAUGUCAAAGUCGGACCCCCACACGAUGGCCACCAUCACUAUCACCGACUCUCCGGACGACAUUGUCUUCAAGAUUCGCCGGGCUGUCACAGACUUCACCUCCGAGGUCACCUUUGACCCAGAAACACGUCCAGGUGUGUCCAAUCUGGUGACUAUCCACGCUGCCAUGGCGAGGAUCAGCGUGGAGGAGGCAGUGUCACAGGCCAGAGGGUUGGACACCGGAGAAUACAAGAAACUUGUGAGCGAGGCUGUGAUCCAGAGGCUGUCGCCCAUCAGAGACGAGAUUGAGAGGCUUCGGUCGGACCGAGCGCACCUGGAGGGGCUGCUGGCUCAGGGGACCUGCAGGGCUCGGGAACUGGCUGCACCUGUGCUUGCAGAGGUCCGACACAGAGUGGGUUUCAGCUGAGGGAGGGGGUGUGAACGGCUGGAAAAUAACACCACAUUUAAUACUGCAGGGCAUAAAUGCUCAGUGCUUAACUGCUGCUAAUGUGUGGUUUAUUCCAAUGACUCUUUCCUCGUUGAAUAUUGUGGGGUGUAAUUCAUUCGGUAAGAAAAUGUGUUGAAAGCAGCGUGGAAACGACUCAGCUGCAGAGUGACUCCUUUCAGACUGAAAACUGAUUCCAGGCGACCUACUUGUUUCACAUUUCUUUUUUUUUUCUUUUUUUUUUACAAAAAAAUAAA